AUGAAGCAGAACCUGCUGUAUCACGAAGCCUACGGCGCGGAGUGGGGCCUCCGGCCGGAGCACUUCGCCCCCCGGACGGAGGCGCUUCGACACCACAACCAGAUCGUGGCUCAGAGGCAGAUGCUGGCGUUCGCAGAGCAGAACCUACGGCUGGAUGACGAGGGACCAGAAGCAGAGUCGCCUGAUGCUGAGUUUGAAGGUCUGGGAGACUACGAGGAGUGGAUCUACGCCGACUGGAGGCAGGAAAAGGGCAAAGGAGACGCCGGGGAGUGGGACGCGUGAGGAGACGAGAGCAGGAACACAUCACUGGGUCAUUGGUCCUAUUUGGCUCUAAAACCUCUCAAACAGUGGCAUCGGCCCAACAAGCGUGCGCCGUUUGAUUCAGCGACUCACGAGACGGGCGAAAUCCUCCAGUAGAUGCAUUUUAUUGUACAUAAUGAGAAAAGGAACCGGGACAAACCGGGUUCCUGUUUGCUCGGAUUUCAUUCCAUUCCCCCACAAACCUGCAGGAGCAUCACUGGUCUGCGGUAAAUAUUCAGAAGUAUUUACAAAUCUGCCCUAGACCGUGUAGGAAUCAGUCACAGGUAUAAACAUGCUAAUGCGUCACGUUCAGGACAGAUGACUCCCUGCUGGGAAAGAACACACAGCCACGCUUUCCCACUUACUGUAUGAUUUAAUGAGCUCUCAUGGACAGUGGGAGCAUUGACACUGUAUAUAAACAAAGGCCGACGCCGCCGACGCGGGAGAUCACAGACAGCGGUGGAGGACGAAAUGUGACCUGAGCUUCGAGCCGAGCUUCUGAUUGUACGGUGUUCACAGGACAGAGGGUUUGAUGAAAGGGUUAAUGCGCUUCACUGGCUCGUCCUGAUUCGUCGUUUCAGUGCAGCAGCGGACGCUCAUUCCUGUGGCGCUACUGCAGGUCGACUGGCAGUGUAACGUGGAUCUUCCUGCUCCUGUGCUACUGAACGUUUUGAUCGUGACUGGUGAUAUGAAGCUCCCAACAUGUCUAACGUUAAAAGAAGAACUAACAUUUAUUGCUUUAAGUCUUAUGAAUUUGAAUCCUUGGUUAUUUAAGCAUAUUAAAAUGGUCUUAAAUUCUA